UCUCAUGUCUUCUGUCUUUUCUAGGAACUCUUUGUAAGGGACUCAGACUCCAUUCUUGAAGAAAAGAUAAAGGUAGAAAAGAUGGUGGCUGAUUGCCUGACAAAUUGUUACCAGGUCUCAGUAACUUUUGAUGAUGUGGCUGUGGACUUCACACAAGAAGAAUGGAUUUUAUUGGAUCAAGCUCACAGAGACCUCUACAGAGAAGUGAUGCUGGAGAACUACCAGAACCUGGCCUCAGCAGGAUGCGAGGUCAUCAAACCCAGUCUGAUCUCCUGGUUGGAAGAAGAGGAUUUGCACAGAGAAGAUCUCCAAGAAUGGGAAAUGCCACUUGGCACCAACGAGUCAACAUUGCGUCAGGAAUUUUUGAGAGGACAAACUUUCAGUGGAAUACAAACAGUCAGAAGCCAUAGUGCACGAGAACUCUGUUACUAUGUACAAUGUGGAGAAAUCUUCAGUGAACAUUCAUAUUUCAAGACACAUGUGAAAACUCACAGUAGUUGCAACACUGGACAUUUUACUCAUUCAAGUCAUGAUGCCUCUGUUCAGGUGCACACCAUAAAAACAUAUCCAUGUAAGAUUUGUGGAAAAGCCUUUGGACGUUCUUCAAAUCUUAAUAGACACUUACGGAGUCACACUGGAGAAAAACCCUAUGAAUGUAAGGAAUGUGGGAAAGCCUUCACUACCUACUCAAGGCUAGUGGAACAUUUUAGAACUCAUACUGGAGAGAAACCGUAUAAAUGCAAGGAUUGUGGAAAAGCCUUUGCUAAGAGGUCAGGCCUCAUAACACAUAUAUCAACCCAUGCUUCAGAGAAACCUUUUGCAUGUAAAGAGUGUGGGAAAGCCUUUGCUUCAUCCCCACGCCUUAGUCAGCAUGUAAGAAUUCACAGUGGAGAGAGACCCUACAUAUGUAAGGAAUGUGGAAGAGCCUUCCUCACUUCCUCAUACCUACGGAACCAUAUAGGAAGAACUCACAGUGGAGAGAGACCCUAUAUAUGUGGAGAAUGUGGAAAAGCCUUCCAUUCUUACUCAAAUCUACAUAGACAUGUGAGAACUCACAGUGGAGAAAGACCCUAUAUAUGCAAGGAAUGUGGGAAAGCCUUCCUCAAUUCCUCAUACCUACAUAACCAUAUAAGAAAAACUCACAGUGGAGAGAUGCCACAUAUAUGUGGAGAAUGUGGGAAAGUCUUCCAUGCUUCCUCAUACCUUCGUAGACACUUACGAACUCACAGUGGAGAGAGGCCAUGUAUAUGUAAGGAGUGUGGGAAAGCCUUCCUGAACUCCUCAUACUUACGCAAACAUCUGACCAUUCAUACCGGAGACAAACCCUACGAAUGUAAAGAAUGUGGAAAAGCCUACCGUAGGUAUAAUUUGCUACAUGACCACUUAAAAACUCACACAGUAGAAAAGCCAUUUGAAUGUGAUGCAUGUGGAAAAUCUUUUCAGUACUUUUCAUACCUUACUAAACAUGUUCGUAUUCACACUGGAACAAAACCCUAUAAGUGUAAGUACUGUGGGAAAGAUUUCACUACUUCCUCAAGCCGAACUGAGCAUAUCCGAACUCACACUGGUGAGAGGCCCUAUGAGUGUACAGAAUGUGAGAAAACCUUUACUUCAUCCUCUAACCUCAUUCACCAUGUGAAAAUCCACAGUAGAGAGAAACCUUUUGUUGAGACUGUAGGGAAGCCUACAGCAGAGUUUACAUACUAACCAAACACUAGUAACUCAUGGUGAACAAAAUGACUUCAGAAAGAAGGAAUGCCAAAAAUCCAUAAUCCCUCAUGUCUUGACUUCAUCAUAUUGGAGUUUGCACUAUUAAGAAACUAAUGUGGAACAGCC